UGCACGUUGCCUUCUCUUAAACUUUAUGUUACUUCAGGUUAGAAUGUUGUGAAUAGUCAAAUAGUGAUUUGUCACUAAAUGUUAAUAACGUACAGACAGUGAAACGAUACACGAUAAAACACGUUAGGUGUAUUCCUCACCAUUCUCGCUGCCAUGGACUAUGCCAGCCUCGGUAAUGUUUUUAUUACUAGAGUCCACGCAUGCGCAUACAGCACGGUGAGAGAAAAUGGCAGACGUUUCUUUGGACGAAGUGAUCCGACAGCGCGGCAUUAAUCUUAAGGCAACUACAAAGCGACCAACAUUUGGUCGAGGUGCUGGGGGAGUCGGUAUGAGUUUUGACGCCAGGCAGAAGAUUGGGGCAAACGAUGUGCGACAGCGUAUGGGUGGAGUAGGUGCUGCAGGUUUUCAAGUUAAAGAUGCCAGAGAAAAGCUUGGUCAGAAAGAUGCUCGCUUUAAAAUUCGUGGUCGAGGUGGAGCAGGAGGUGUGCAAGAUGCUCGUCAAAUGAUUAACUCACGCAAACAGGGGCAAACACAGUAUAAACCCACAACACAGGCUUUGCCAUCCCAGCUGCAGAGCACAAUGCCAUCAGUACAGAUACACCCAAACAUUAGUGUUGUUGGUGCACAACAUAACACAAGGCAUUUUGGUGGUCAAGGGCCGAAUCUUAGAGAUGCUCGAGACAGACUAAGCCUGAAGAGAAGCCUUGGAGGAACACAGACACUGGCUGGGGCAGGAAUACCAUUAAAAAUUACAAAGACCAUUCAGCAACGGCCAGUGGGUUUGUCAAGUGGGAUACGCACAUCCAUGCAGCCUGUCUCAAAUGAUCUUGAUGGAACUGCUAGUAAACAAAUAAAGAUCACCACUUCUAAUGACAUUCUGCAACCCCGGGGGGGUGGAAUAGGCUCCUCAUUCUCCAUGUCAGCUCCAAUCACAAAGGUGGUUAAAAAUGAUGCCUACACAGCACCUCGUCCUCCGGUACCAGUGGCACCCACUCGACCAAGCACCAGCAUGUCUGCACCUCGGCCCUCUGCUGCAGCCUUACAGCAGGUCUCCAGAACUCUUCAGCAAAGCACUGCUGCUUCUAAUACAGCAGUGGCUCCUCCUCUGCCUACAUUCAGUCCAUUAGAGGGAACAAAAAUUACAGUAAACAACUUACAUCCUCGGGUAACUGAAGAAGACAUUGUUGAACUCUUUUGUGUAUGUGGUGCCUUAAAACGUGCACGGCUGGUGAAAGUGGGUGUGGCUGAGGUGGUAUUUGUUCGCAAAGAGGAUGCUGUGAGCGCAUAUAGAAAGUAUAAUAACCGCUGCCUUGAUGGUCAGCCCAUGAAAUGUAAUCUUCAUAUUCAGGGAAAUGUCAUCACUUCUGAUCAGCCCAUUUUAUUGAGGCUCAGUGAUACACCAGGCAGUGGCAGCUCUGCAAAGAAAGAUGGUCUGCCUCCCUCCUUGUCACGGCCUGCUGGUCAGCGCGCAUCCACUCAGCCCACUCCAGAGGUGGACCCUCAGACAAUUCUCAAAGCUUUGUUCAAGUCCACUGCUCAGUCCCCCUCUGCUCCUGAACCGCCCAGCUCACAAGCUACUGCCUUUCGCAUUAAGAUUUAGGUCAUGUCAUGUGUUUCAAUAUUUUACUGCAUUCCCAGUGUUAAAAUUAACAAAACUAUAUUUCACUUGGAUGGGAAAUACACAUGGAGCUUUUUUCACCCAUUUUGAUAAACAUGGUUUCUCACAAAAUGGAGCAGUUUAGUUUUAUCCCAGGACGUUGGCAAGCAAUGUUUUUUUUUUUGUUUGUUUGUUUUUUUGUUGUUGUUUUUUUAAAUCAGACACCGUGAUCACAGUAUUUUAAUUCAGUAAUAUCCCAAUUUGGAUGUUUUGUUAAACCUUUUAAGUCAUCAAGUUCCACCCAGUCCAGAUAAGGCCUUGUGGUCAGAGGGUUAAAUAACCUUAAUAAUGUGUAAAAAAAAACAAAAAAAAAAACAAGUUUGAACAGGUAUGAAACAAGUGAUUUGGGUCAACUUGGACAUUAAUAGUUGGCAUUAUGUGACAUACAAUUUAUGAAGUAUAUUCUUUGUAGUGUAUUUGACAAUUUCAAAACAUGUUGAAUGGUCUACUACAACUGUGUUGCUUUUUACUUUUCUGGUAUGUCAGUCUUCUAAUGCGUCUAGGAAGGUUAGCUUCUGUAAUGUCACCAUUAAACUGUACAUUUAUACUCUA